AUUGCAUUAAUUAUUUAGGUUUUGUUUUGUUGGGUGUCCGUGAAUGCCUUGGCAGAAUUCUGUUGUGUACGUGUUAUUCGCUUGGAACGCUUCGUCGGAGUCAUAUCGUCGCCACUAAGUCGCGCAUGUCAGUGUGUAUUUUUUAAAAGACGUAAAGUCGAACAAACAAUUCUUGUCACGCGUAGUGAACGCAACAACGUGCCGCAGACAAACGACAACAACAAUCUACAGCAAAUACCACGAUAACAACAACAACACCAGGCCAAACAAUGGACGAACUGAAUGGCAUAUUGUUAAAAACCAAAGAUAAAUCAACGCAAAAGGAGCAGGACGAGAUACUGCUGCAGCCCUUUACGUACAUACAACAAAUUCCGGGCAAACAGUUUCGCUCCGAACUGGCCUUGGCCUUCAAUCACUGGUUGCUCAUACCGGCCGAAAAGUUAACGCAGAUUGGGGACAUCGUGCAAAUGCUUCAUAAUUCCAGUUUGCUCAUUGAUGAUAUUGAAGACAAUUCAAUACUUCGCAGAGGUGUGCCAGUGGCUCAUUCCAUUUACGGCGUGGCCAGCACCAUUAAUGCGGCCAACUAUGCGCUAUUUCUGGCAUUGGAGAAGGUGCAGCAACUGGGACAUCCCGAGGCCACCAAGGUAUAUACGGAACAAUUGCUGGAGCUGCAUCGUGGUCAGGGUAUGGAAAUAUACUGGCGCGAUAGUUUUACAUGUCCCUCCGAAUCGGAUUACAAAUUAAUGACUGUACGUAAGACUGGUGGCCUUUUUAUGCUGGCUAUACGGCUCAUGCAGCUAUUUAGUGCCAAUAAGGAGGACUAUACAAAGUUAACAGCCAUUUUGGGCUUAUAUUUUCAAAUACGCGACGACUACUGCAACCUGAGCUUGAAGGAGUAUACGGAAAACAAGAGCUUUGCGGAGGAUCUGACUGAGGGAAAAUUUGGUUUUCCUGUCAUACACGCAGUGCGCACUCAGAAGCAGGACAAACAGGUUUUGCACAUAUUGCGGCAGCGCACGCACGACAUUGAGGUCAAGAAGUACUGCAUUAGCCUGCUGGAAAAGCUAGGCAGCUUCCAAUACACACGCAAAGUGCUUGAGACUCUCGACAUGGAGGCGCGCGCUGAGGUGGCACGUCUGGGAGGCAAUCCCUACAUGGACAGGCUGCUCAAUAAGCUGCUGUCAUGGCAGAGCAGCGACAGCGCCAGCAUCACACAAUCGAAUCAGCUCAAUCAUAACAAUGUUGCACGCAGUCCCAACCAAAAUACGCUUAAUUGCAAUUAACAGCCAAAGAGGCAGAAGAGGGAAGAAUUGUGAAUUGCGCACGGCAGAGCCAGAGUCAAAGUCCAUGCCCAAGUUGCCGCCGCCCCCUCUUUUGCUGCUAACUCGAAAGCACAGCCCCAACAACAACAGCAACAAUACCAGCACGCUGCCUGCGUUAGUGCACCGCUGUUGCGUUUUUUUCAGAAACUGAAAAUCUUCUAGCACCUACAAAUCUCACUUAUGUCUCACGUUGCCUCCCAAAAUGCUGCACACAUUGAUUUCACAACUAUUGUUAACUAUGUGCAGCAGCCUUACAAGAAUUGUUAAGCCACACGUUGUUUUGAUAAGCCAAGCUUAUUAAGAAAGCUGAGCGCACAGAGAGAACGAGAGAGCCAGAGCACAGCUUACCCAAGAAUUUGUUUAUAUACAUAUAGUUAUUCUAUUUUGUCUUGAUUUUUUAUAACUAAGUAUAUAGUUGGUAUUAGCAUGUAAUUUCAUACGGUUCCUUCAUUUUGACUGUUGUUGUACUACUUCUAAAUGUAUUUUAAAUAUUAUGUAAAUUAAUUCAAUAUGCAAGCAAGUGUUGAAAGCAAUUUCUCAAUGUGUCAUUGUUCAAUUUAUAUAUCUCGAAAUCGUAAAUUAUAUACAUAUGUGCACUUCAUUUAUUAACGUUGUUCCAUUUUACAUUUGUUCCAAAUGUUUAAGUAUUAUACGAG